AUGUGUGCGAUGACGUGUGACCCGGAUCAGGCAAAUUUUCUCACUCCGAUGAUCGGUGGAAACCUGGUCCGAUCCGUUAUGUAUAACUUAACAGUUUCAGUGAAGGAUGGCUUCUUCACCAGCUGCAAGGAUGUCCGAUUCUCUGAUGGACGCUCAGUGGACUUGAUGUGUGACUCAGAAGUUUGCACACCGGAAUUACUCCUAAGAGGUCUCGAAGACCACAGCCCAUUUCCACUCAAGUUUGUCGUCACUCCCGACUACAAAUAUGGUUCACUGAAUGUCAGCGAAAAGAGGGCCUACAACCAUCCUAUGUAUAGUUGCAACCAAGCGGUGCCAGCACGUGGAUCGGAUUCCGGAGGGCCAAGCUGCUCUUGCACAGAUUGUGAGGGCUCAUGUCAACCACGAGUGUCGGCGUCUCCACUACGUGUUCUCAGUAAGUCAAUUAUCUACAGUGAAAGCAGGGUAGUUCUAACUAAAUUCAUGCACGAGUGUCCAUUCUUUGUUGGUCUGCUAGUGAAUACGACGUCUGAGAAUUUCAGAAGGAACAACGACCCUGAGAAUGCAAGCCCAACUACAGCAAUCUAA